GAUGGCGCUAAAUCGUUAUGAUAAGUGCAUCGUAGUAGCGAGUAUUGUUUCGCGAAUCGGUUUAGAUUUUAAUUGCGCUUAGGCUCUCGAGCGGUUCGGUCGUGCUCUGCAAUUACUCGCGGCAACGGCGUUGAUCUGAGGGAAAGGAGUUGACGGCGGUUGGGUUCCAGUCCACGGGGUGAAAGGUUGAGCUUGAGUUAACUUUAGAUAAUCAAGAUUGUGAUCUCGAUUUUAUACUGAAUUGUUUUCGACUGUGAAGAUGAUUACAGUGUCUUGUGGGUGCAACAGAAAGAGAAGAGCUAUCCAUACUGUUCCAACGAAGUGAAAUCAGUGAUUGUGCAUUGCGCAGAAAGUUCUAACCUGCAAAGUGUCUAAGGUCUAUGCAAAAUAGCUCAGCUCCAGCUCAGUGAAGACAAGUGACCAAUCGAUUGUUCGACGAGGUGAAAAGUUUAUUGCUUCUGCCAAAGUCGAUUGAUUGUACAACAAUCGUUCAGGAGCAGUGAUAACAGAAAUUGUUUCGCAGUUACGUCAGUGAGUUUCGAACAAAAAGGUGGUCUACUAUAAAUCACGUCGCCAUCCGUGCCGUCUACGCUUAGCCCGUCAGAUAUUGGUGCAGAUGCUCGCCAAUAAACAUUAGAGCUACUUAUCGAAAGCCCCGGCAGUCGGCUUAGUCACCGCGAACCGGCACCUAAUAUGUCAGGCCCCUCAUGCUGGACGAUUCUGACGCGAAAGAAAGUCCUCCCGCUGGACGGAGACGGUGCCGCAGAAAAUGGCAAACUGGGCCGGAUAUUGAACACCUAUGACCUGACCGCACUUGGCGUCGGAGCCACACUGGGUGUGGGCGUGUACGUUCUGGCCGGACACGUCUCCAAGGACCAGGCCGGACCGUCCGUGGUUUUGUCGUUUCUGAUAGCGGCUGCAGCCUCCUUUCUAGCUGGCCUUUGCUACGCUGAAUUCGGAGCCCGUGUACCAAAGUCCGGUUCGGCAUACAUCUAUAGCUAUGUAUGCAUCGGCGAGUUUAUGGCGUUCGUCAUCGGUUGGAAUCUGAUGCUGGAGUACAUCAUCGGAUCGGCAAGUGUUUCCCGUGGGUUGAGUUUGUACAUCGACACGUUGGCCAACGACACAAUGAAGAUUAGGUUUCGGGAGAUUGCUCCUAUGGAGUGGGACUUCAUGUCCAGCUACUUCGAUUUCUUUGGGUUCUCGGUGGCGAUUUUGUUGGGAGUCGCACUGGCCUUCGGCCUCAAGAAAUCGACCAUAGUGAACAACUGCUUCACGGUGCUGAACAUCGGAAUUGUGUUGUUCGUGAUAAUCGCGGGAGCGAUUAACGCCGAUGUGUCCAACUGGAACGUGAACCCAGCCAACGUAUCUACGAUCUACAACGUAGGUGAAGGAGGGUUCUUUCCAUUUGGCUUUGAGGGAACUUUAAAGGGAGCUGCGACCUGCUUCUUCGGGUUUGUAGGGUUCGAUUGUAUUGCCACAACCGGGGAGGAGGUUAAGAACCCACGAAAGGCAAUCCCCAGAGCCAUCCUUCUGUCACUAUGUACGAUAUUUCUCGCGUAUUUCGGAGUCUCGACGGUUCUGACGCUGAUGUGGCCCUACUAUAAGCAGGACGUCAACGCACCGCUUCCGUUCGUGUUCAACGAAAUCGGGUGGACGUUUGCCAAAUGGACCGUGGCCAUUGGUGGAAUCAUCGGUUUGGUAGCCAGCUUGUUCGGUGCCAUGUUUCCUCAGCCCCGGAUCAUCUAUGCGAUGGCUCAGGAUCGUUUGGUGUUUAAGGCCUUCGGAGAGGUCAAUGAUCGGUUUCAGACUCCUGUGUUUGGAACCCUCUGUGCCGCUUUACUAACCGGGGCAAUGGCCGGUUUGUUUGAUCUAAAAGCUCUAGUCAAUAUGCUAUCGAUUGGUACGCUAAUGGCGUACACGGUGGUAGCGAUCUCAAUACUCAUUCUAAGAUUUUCUGAAGAACCACAAACAUCCUCCAUCCCAUCUACCAGUAAGCAAAUUUACGAAUCUUCAAACCUCCUUAAAUCCGGCUCCCGAAUGACGGGCUCCGCUUUCAUUCGGCAACUAUUCAACAUAUCCUGCGUCAGGAUACCUUCCUAUGUGUCCACUAGUGUUGUUGGAGUGCUGGUCACCCUAUACUGCCUUGUCGCAUUGGCCCUCUCCCUAACGAUCUACUACGCCAAGCAACCGCUCUACGAUAUGGAGCCAUGGGCGCUGACGCUGGCCGGUACCUUGCUCGGUUUGCUCCUGCUCAUAUUGCUUCUGAUGUCGAUUCAACCGCGGGAAACGGCUGAAGCCCCUUUCAAGGUGCCCUUCGUGCCGCUGCUACCUGCGAUCAGUAUUUUCGUCAACAUCUACCUGAUGUUGAUGCUGGACGUGUACACGUGGAUCCGCUUCGGAAUCUGGAUGGCAAUCGGUCUACCGAUGUACUUAGUGUGUGUUUGUUGUGGUAGAAAGACUGUUGAAAAGGAAAGCAAACAAAUACCGAGUGCCCGGCCGAGCCAAAACGGACAUCUGCACGUUUCCGAGGGUGUGGAGAACGCAGGUUUUGAAAACAGAGAAGGAUCUACCAUGAUUACUCCGAAUGGGUAUUAUUCGCAAAAUCUAAAUACAGCAAUCAGUAGUGGCGAUGAAAAGCAUCUCCAGCUCAUUCCGGUGGGGCAAUUGGAUAAAGAGAAGGUUGAUAAGGAGGAGGAAGUAAUCCAAACGAAGGCCAAGCUAAAAACACCUUCACCAAAGAGCAGUAUGGAUGAGAUAAUAGCAGUUUCUGAACUAUCCGAUCUGGUGACAGAGAAAAUAGAACCGAAUGGAAAAGCUUAUUUUGUGGAAGACAUCAAUGAAAGAAACUCAGAUUCGAUUGAGGAAACCAGUAAAGCGAUUGCCCUGUUGGACGAUAUUUUGAGUGAUGAGGAAAAAAUCAUGGAUAACAUGUAUCCUUCACUGGACGAUGAGUCGUUAGCUGGCCCUGUAUUCAUAGAACAAUCGGUUGUUGCCGAUAUUCAUCGCGAAGAUGAAAUAUCCAUGCCACCCAUUGAAGAAGGACCAGCCGAAACAUUUAUUGAAAAAGAGGAACCAAUUCAGGAGGAACCCAUUCUGGAGGAGCCCAUCCAGGAGGCACUAAUUCAGGAGAAAGAGCAUGAGGAGAUAACUCAAUCUAUUCUAAAUCAUGAACAGGAACCUCCUUCGAUACGCCCUCGCGUAGCAUUUGUAGUUGGUCAAGACGCAAAAAGUCCCAUAGAUUCUGAUGAAGAAGAUGUUCACUAUAAUCGGCUGGAUAGUCAGAAGCAAAAACAAUUCAUGAGUAGAUUGAGCACGCUUCUUACUCAUCAACCUCAGCAGAUGCCAUCGAAACGGGUUAAAAGAAAAUCUAUUUCAGAGAGCACUGCCGGAAACAUAGAACUACCUCGCAGUAAUAGUGAACCUAAUUUCAUCCUGCUUUUAGACAAUAACAUAAAUAACGAAAGUGGAACUGAUAGUCCAGAAAAAUCUCCUACCGAUAAUGUACCUCCUCCUCCCAAGUUUGAUGUGGUACUAUUCAACGCCGUCAAACCGGAAAGUGAAUUGGAGAAAGCGCAAACUCCAGUUCCUGAACCGCCCAAGUUCGAUCCAAUUCUUUACAACACCAUCGGGCGGGACAAUUCUACACGGCCAAGCAUACUCACUCCACCGAUAAUUCCCUCGGGGUACAGUGAAGUGACCCUACGAAAACUCAAUCCACAGACUACACCGCCGGCUGUCGAUGAUAAAGCAUCCUACGACACCGACACUGAGUCUUCUGAUAAUCCCCGCGAAGCGUUCAAAUCCAAACUGGAGCAAAUACUUUCUCGAGGCCCCGCUCCCAAAAUACGACCAAAAACACUACCUCCUCUGAUGAUAGACCGACAAACUUCCUCAAACCAGACGAAUGCAGCCAGAACACUACCCCACAGCACUCCGUUAUCGGGAGCUCCUCUCAAUACUGCCAACGGUGAGCCCAAAUCCGCCGGUGUGUUCCCUACCACGCCGAGUGCUUUCCAGGAGCUGGCGAGGUCCUUCGAUACUGCCAAGAAAAAGCAAAAGCUGCUAUUCGACGAUGUGCUGAAGGCGAUCAAUCCGGACACCCGGCCCAGCAGCAUACGGAACUCGCUCGAACAUCGGAUGUCCUUUUCCGAGUUUAAGAACAAUCUGAAGAAAACCGUGCUACCGAAACAGUACCUGCCCGACGCGUGACGACGGUGUUUUCUGGUAAGGUUGUACAUAUUGAGGGAAACAAGUCAGGAAGGUGAUGUUAACAGACUACAAGCAAUGAUCAUCGGUUGCGGGAGACUUUGAUCGGGCAACAACUAAGGACGGGAUAGUGCGAAGUGAGGUUUAACCAUCUACGCGUUCUACGGAUUCCGCAACAGCUACCAUGAAGUGUACUCCAGAAUGACCGGAUGGACCAAACUGAAGUAUGUGCGUUAACGGCAUCCCCAUCCCCGGGAUCUGGAGUACCGUUGUUCGCACCCUGUCGUAAUAGUGAGCAAAAGUGAUAUUUUCCUUCUGAGAAACUGUGAAAUUUAAGCUAAAUCCCUAAAAGAAGAAUUAUGUAGCUGAUAAGCUAGACAAAUGUUUAUUUAUGUAUCCAAAUAAUCGAAACAAAUACAGGAAACCUCUAUAAAUCAAAGUAAUUACGAUUAAAGUAGGUCUACUGGAAAUUAGAUAAGAGAGACACGGAAAUAAAUCAAUAAAAAAUAAUUCAUGCCAUAUGUACAGAAACCGAGGAGAUGUUACGUAUUGAACGGACUAAAUUAAUUUAAUUAGUGUCUGUUUAGGUUAUCUGAGUCAAUCUGUUGUGAUGCUUAAUAGCGCCCCAGCUGUGCUGCAGCUAGCUCAAAUUAGUAAAGGGUACCAAAAACAAAAACGUUCACUAAAACAUUAGGAGAUAAACAAAUAUAUAAUAACUAGGGUACAAUGAAAACAGAGAAAAAAAACACAUUCCAAACAAAAUUGUAACAGUUAACACACACGCUGCGAAGACGAUUAAACGAAAGAAAAGAGCAUAUGAAAAAAGUAAAACCGCCAACCGUUA